UUUCCAUCAACACUACAAGGAUGACAGCUGAAAUAAAUAAAGGACCCCUACUGGGAAUGAGACACGUUCAAACCCUGUUGAUUUUCUUCAACAUCACGUGCUUGUACAUCGGUCGACUGAAUGUGGGAGUAUCCGUAGUGGCGAUGACGAAUGCCGAGUCUACUAAUCCGGAUUUUCCAGAAUACGAUUGGACUUUGACCCAGAAGUCGUAUAUAUUAUCCAGCUUCUUUUGGGGAUACAUCAUAACCCAGUUCCUGGGCGGAUAUUUGUGCAAGCGCUAUGGGGUCAAGAGUGUCAUGCUCUGGGGCUCCUUUGCAUCGGGUAUCUUCAGUGCUUUGACCCCGCUUUUCAUCGGAUUUGGUGGAUGGCAAGCCUACUGCGGCAUUCGAGUCCUGAUGGGAUGUGCCCAGGGCCUGAUCUUUCCCUGCAUCCAUCAGCACUUGGCCAGAUGGUCACCGCCCGCGGAAAGGAAUCGCCUGGGAGCCCUCAGUCACACUGGAAUUGAGUGUGGCAACGUGUGUGCCAUGUUCUUCAGUGGAAUGAUAGCCAAAAGUGCCAUUGGCUGGCCAGGAAUAUCGUAUGUCUCUGCAGGAUUAGCCUUCGCCUGGUGUGCCUUUUGGUUCGUUUUCGCUGCUGACAAUGCAGCGGAAUCUCGUUACAUAACCCAAGAAGAACUGCACUAUAUCGAAUCGUCACUGACGCACAAUGAAAACUAUCACAAAACCGUCAUUCCCGUUCCCUGGAUGGCAAUAUGGACCUCGGCACCGUUUUUUGCUCUUAUGGUAGCGCGUUGCUGCGAGACCUGGGGUCUGAGCACCCUGCAGGCCCAGAUUCCAACGUACAUGAACGGGGUUCUGGACAUGGACAUGAAAAGCAAUGCAUUCUUUUCGGCGUUACCAUUUCUGGCCAUGUGGAUUAUGUCGUAUGUGUACCUGAUAACCGCCGAUGUUCUGCUCGCCGGAAACAGACUGAGUUUAACGGCCCUCAGAAAGACCUUCAACUCGGUGGCCUUCUGGAUUCCUUGUGCCACUUUGAUUGGAAUCGGAUUUCUGGAUCAGGAACAAAAGAACCUUGCCAUUGCUUUGAUGACCAUCAGUGUAGGUUUCAACAGUGGAGCAACAAUCGGAAGCUCCUUGAACACUAUAGAUCUAUCCCCGAAUCAUGCGAGUAUUCUUAUGGGUAUUGUGAAUACGGCUGCGAAUGUAGUGCCUAUAGUAACCCCUCUGGUAGUUGGAGUUAUUGUUCAUGAAGACAAAAACCGUGCUGAGUGGCAGAUAGUGUUUAUUAUUGCGGCAGUAAUUUUCUUUGUCGGAAACUGUGUGUUCCUGUUUUAUGGAACGGCUGUUUCACAACCCUGGGAUGCUGAAGAUUACCUCACAGUAAAGGUACCAGAGCUAGCUAUAUCUCCAGCUAUCCAUGAAGUUGGUAAAGGUAUUGAUGGACCUUCGGAGAAGUCCUUAAUAUAA